GGCCAUGUAGGAGAGGGGCGGGGAGCAGAGAGGAGCUCCGCCUCCUCCAGGCUGCCGUCACCGGCGUUUCUGCUGCUGCUGCUGCUGGACCGGAGCAACUCGGCACCAACAACCAGCGGCUGGCUGCUCCUCCCGUGCUGAGGGAAGACUCGGUGCAGCCAGGAGCCUCCCGUCAUUUCUCACGGCUAUCGUCAUGGCCUCCGACGGCAUGGACGAGCGAUCUCCGCUGCUGUCGGGCCCCAACUCCGAGAAUGUGACCCCCACAGCUCCCCCGUACCUGCAGGAUUCAAGUCCCCGAGCCGAACUACCUCCUCCCUACACAGCCAUCGCCAGCCCCGAUGCCGGCGGUGUGCCUGUCAUCAACUGCCGCGUGUGCCAGUCGCUCAUCCACCUGGACGGGAAGCUGCAUCAGCACGUGGUCAAGUGCACGGUCUGCAAUGAAGCCACACCCAUCAAGAAUCCUCCAGCAGGGAAGAAGUACGUGAGGUGUCCUUGUAACUGCCUGCUCAUCUGUAAAGACACGUCCAGGAGGAUAGGAUGUCCUCGACCAAACUGUAGACGUAUAAUAAACCUGAGCCCGGUGAUGGUAAUCCCAGAGGAGCAACCCGCCCAGCCGGCGCUGCCCAUCCAACCUGAGGGGAUGAGGGUGGUGUGCGGUCACUGUGGUAACACCUUCCUAGGCAGUGAGGACGCCAGCUCAUCCCAGCCAAUGUCUGGUCUCCCCACCGAUGGCUCUCCCCCAGCACAACAACAGUGGAUGGAGCUUCGGUUCAACACGCUAGCCAAGUGUCCCCACUGCAAAAAGAUAUCCUCUGUUGGCAGUGCGCUCCCUAGGAGGCGCUGUUGUGCUUAUAUAACCAUAGGAAUGAUCUGCAUUUUCAUUGGAGUGGGUUUAACAGUUGGUACUCGGGACUUUGCCAGCCGCUACAACGCCACCUACGUGUCCUGGGCGUUCGCCUACUUGCUGGGCCUCAUCUGUCUGAUACGAGCCUGCUACUGGGGAGCGAUCAAAGUCAGCUACCCGGAGAACAGCUUCGCCUAGAGCGGGAAUGUCUCUGCAAAGCCCUGCACGGCUGGAAGAACAAACUCCACUUUUAGUUUCUUCAUCGUGUUCCGAUUUCAAACUGGUCGUGUUCAGCGAAGUGGCACGUCUGCAGAGCGUCCGCACAGGAGUGUGUUGAAGAGAGAGAGAGAGAGCGUGUGUGUGUGCUGGAGAUGUUUCAUGCCGUGUUUGUGUUUUUUGACUCGCUGAACAAACCUACUGCCUGUCAAUCAGUCUGCUCCACAGAGACUCAAAUCCUGCCCGGGUUUUGCCAAAAAUCUUUCAAAAUACAGAAUCAAGAACUUGAAGAGAAAAAAGAAAAAAAAAAAAGAAAAAAAAGCUGUGAUUUCUCUUAAUUAAUGCCAGAAUUAUUUGGCUCAUACACUGAUUUAACGAUGAUAGUUCAGCAGACCGGUUGGAUUUAGUUUUUCUGGAUCAGUUUUUCAGUUUUUCAGCCACCAGAUUUUCUCUUGUUACUGACCAGACCAAAAUGAGACAACCUCCAACGAAAUAGUUUGCCCAUUGCACUACGAUUAUAUGCAAGUGUAAGUGUUGUUUUGCUGCUAGUUAAGCUCCAGCUACAGAAAGCUGCAUAUUCAUACUGUAUUGUAACAAUUUACCUUGCCUGUGUACACUGACAUAGUAUUGCUAUAUGAUUUUAACUCUUGAAAUGAUCUCUCUCUUUUUUUUUUUUUUUUUUUUUAAGAAAUUGUCCUUCAAUGCCCAUGUGUGCCAACUUUGCUGCCCAGUGUUAGUCAAGAAGAGCAUCAGAUCACCAGUUUCUCUUUUGUUUACUGUGCCAUUCUGCUUUUACUCCACUACAGCAAUAACUCGUCGUGUUCUCAGAACAAUCUGGAAAAAAACAACAACAACAUGGUGACUCCUGUUUGCAUGUUGACUUCUGUUUCUGUCACAGAGGUGGUGUUCUGUUUCAGAGAGGUAGCUGAAGGGUACGAUGUUCCUGUCUUUGCUCCUUCUGCCCGUGAGUUAGAAUGUAAACCCCCCUCCCUUCGCUUGUAUCGCUGCUCUCCGACCUCCCGUGAACUCCGUGCUAGCUAGCGUCGCUAUACACUAACUCAGUAUCCUGUCUCUUGACCUUGACCAGUGGGCACAGUCCAGACUUCUAACCUUGUUUUGAAUGUGAUGAUGACGACGACGAUGAUGAUGAUGAUGAAGCAGAAAAUACUAUUGAAAAAAAAAAUACUUUGUACAUAGUUCAAAUUCUUGGCAAAGUUGGUAGUGUGAGGUAGAAGGAUGGAAAGAUGGCUCGUGGGUCUUUUUAAAAAUGAUAAUUUAUCAAUAAAAUGCCAAAACUGUG